GGCAGGGAGGCGCAGAGAAUUGAAGAUCCUUGAAUGCGGUUUGGUGGCAUCCCCGCACUGGCCCCUAGAAUAGAUAGCUGCCCUUGCCUCCAUCUCCCUCCUCUCGUCUCCACGGUGGACGUACGGAGGCAGGCAUGGAUUGGGCCGAGCACCACCACCACCUACAUAAACCCCCACCAUUUUUUGCAGGCUUGCAGCAGCAUCGCGAGAACCGCAGCCAGCUACCCACCCUGCUGCAGCUCCGAGCUUUUACCCCGCUUUGACUCCACUCUACCGCUCCUCCAGCCUCUGUUGUUUUGUUUCCCACCGCAAGAAUCCGGCCGCCUACCUCCUCCUCUCUCCGCUCCUCCCGACGCCUCUCUGCUAGUAUAGUGCUACCGCCACCGCUAACUAGAGCUCGAUCCACACGUCACCGCCGUACCCACGCGCCCCGGCUUGUUAGUUAAGCUUGCCGGCCGGCCGCCUGGCGCGCACCGCCGCUACGCGCGCUGGGCCUGGCAUGAGAAGGCGGUGGUCCCGCGCCGCGGUGCUCGCGUGCUUACUGCUCCUCGCGUGCGUCGCCGAGUCGCGCGCGGUGCCCGACGCCUCGGGGGGCGGCGGCGGCCCAGGAGAGCAGCGGCGGGGCGCGUUCGACGUCGUGGUCGUCGGCCUCGUCAGCAUCGGCCUCGGCCGUCGGUGGCGCGCCGGCGAGAUGGUCGACGAGGACAAGCGCCGCGUGCCCACGGGGCCCAACCCGCUGCACAACCGAUGAGCGCCAGCCACCGCGCGGGCCUAGCUACCUGCCUGCGUUAUCGAUCGAGCGGCGGCGGUCAUUUGCUCUACUGCCCAGGCGCCGCGCCCGCCGUUGCCGGGAGGACGCGUGCAUGAUCGACGACGUACGUGCCGAGCGAGGUGGAGAAGAAUGAGAAGGAGAAGAGAGGAGCCUACGUGUCAGUAUUUCUACUACCACUACUCCUACUACUACUCCCUCCCUGCUUCCCUUUCUUCUCUUUCUCCUCGCUAGUAAGAAUUUUUCUUCUUCUCUUCUCGCCUGUUCUCGUGGCUGUGUUUUCCCCCGCUUGUAUUGAUUGUAUUGGCUUGCCAAGCGAACAGCAAAGGCUAUUCUGUUGAUUGAUCGGAAGAGAAAGAUACUAGUAUAUGAGUAUAGUGUUUCCUGUUUGAAUUUGCUUGUAUCUGCAGAUAUGUUACUACUAUCCAUUCUACAUCAUGUUUCCACACAUCUCCUGGAGACCAGGGCCGCUGUAAUUCGUUCCAUUUUUUUUUAAAAAAAAUUGUUCCUUUA